CACACUUGUGAAUUCAUUUCUUACUUACCCUUUGGAGCCGCAUGAUGUCGCUGUCUACCGUAAAGUUACAUUAGCUCUUUAUUCAAGUCCCUUCCUCCCAUUACUGCAUUCUUCCAUGAGUGUGGGAUGAUGGCGGGCGCAGAAGAAUUGGAUUAACAGACUUGGGAUUCAUUUUAAUGCCGAGACAAGAUCUUCUGAUGGAAAUAAGCCAACAAGUGUUUGAAAUGGUUAUUACCCCUGAAGACAGACUGGGAUCCCGGUGUCUGCUGCUCUUGGUUCUUCUCCUCCCAGCCUGGGAGGCCGGCAGCGGCCAGAUCCACUACUCGGUCCCGGAGGAGGUCAAACACGGCACUUUCGUGGGCCGCAUCGCGCAGGACCUGGGGCUGGAGCUGGCGGAGUUGGUGCCGCGCCUGUUCCGGGUGGCGUCCAAAGGGCGCGGGGAUCUUCUGGAGGUAAAUCUGCAGAAUGGCAUUUUGUUUGUGAAUUCUCGGAUCGACCGGGAGGAGCUGUGCGGGCGGAGCGCGGAAUGUAGUAUCCACCUGGAGGUGAUUGUGGACAGGCCGCUGCAGGUGUUUCACGUGGAGGUGGAGGUGAAGGACAUUAACGACAACCCGCCUGUGUUCCCUGUAAAGGAUCAAAGAAUAUCGAUUUACGAAUCUAGGCUGCCAGAUUCUUUGUUUCCACUAGAGGGCGCGACGGAUGCAGAUAUUGGCUCAAAUUCUAUCUUAACCUACAAACUCAGUUCCAACGAGUACUUCGCUUUAGAUGUGAAAACAAACAGUGAUGACAGUACACAAAUAGGGCUCGUGUUAAGGAAAUCCUUGGACAGAGAGAAAGCUCCCGAACAUAAUUUAUUCCUCAUGGCCACUGACGAAGGCAAACCUGAGCUCACUGGCACUGUUCAGCUGCUAGUCAUCGUACUGGAUGUAAAUGACAAUGCUCCCAGUUUUGGACAGUCUGAAUAUGAAGUAAAAAUAUUUGAAAACUCAGAUAACGGAACAAUAGUUAUUAGACUAAAUGCUUCUGAUAGGGAUGAAGGAGUGAAUGGGGAGGUGUCAUACUCUUUUAAUAGUCUUGUUCCACCCAUAGUUAGUGAUCAAUUUAGAAUAGAUCCCCAAACUGGAGAAAUAGUAAUUAAAGGGAAUAUAGAUUUUGAAAAGGUGAAUUUAUACAAAAUCCGUAUUGACGCUACGGACAAAGGCCACCCUCCCUUGGCUGGUCAUUGCACUGUUUUAGUGAAAAUUUUGGAUGAAAACGAUAACGUCCCUCAGAUUGCAUUGACAUCCUUAUCCUUGCCUGUCCGAGAGGACGCUCAGUUUGGUACUGUUAUAGCCCUACUUAGCGUGUCCGAUCUUGACUCAGAUGCCAACGGGCGGGUGACCUGCUUUCUGACGCCCGAUGUUCCUUUCAAACUGGUGUCCACCUUCAAGAAUUACUAUUCGCUGGUGCUGGACAGCGCCUUGGACCGCGAGAGCGUGGCCAACUAUGAGCUGGUGGUGACCGCGAGGGACGGGGGCUCGCCUUCACUGUCGGCCACGGUCAGCGUGUCCGUGGACGUGUCCGACGUGAACGACAACGCGCCCACGUUCGCGCAGCCCGAGUACACGGUGUUCGUGAAGGAGAACAACCCGCCCGGCUGCCACAUCUUCACCGUGUCGGCGCGGGACGCAGACGCGCAGGAGAACGCGCUGGUGUCCUACUCGCUGGUGGAGCGGCGGGUGGGCGAGCGAGCGCUGUCGAGCUACGUGUCUGUGCACGCGGAGAGCGGCAAGGUGUAUGCGCUGCAGCCGCUGGACCACGAGGAGCUGGAGCUGCUGCAGUUCCAGGUGAGCGCGCGCGACGCGGGCGUGCCGCCUCUGGGCAGCAACGUGACGCUGCAGGUGUUCGUGCUGGACGAGAACGACAACGCGCCCGCGCUGCUGCCACCCGGGCCUGGGGGCGGGGCCGGCGUGGUGAGCCAGCUGGUGGCGCGGUCGGUGGGCACGGGCCACGUGGUGGCGAAGGUGCGCGCGGUGGACGCGGACUCGGGCUACAACGCGUGGCUGUCGUACGAGCUGCAGGCGGCGGCGGGGGCCGCGCGCAGCCCGUUCCGCGUGGGGCUGUACACGGGCGAGAUCAGCACGACGCGCGCCCUGGACGAGGCGGACGCGCCACGCCAGCGCCUGCUGGUGCUGGUGAAGGACCACGGCGAGCCGGCGCUGACGGCCACGGCCACCGUGCUGCUGUCGCUGGAGGACAGUGGCCAGGCGCCCAAGGCCUCUUCGCGGGCGUCAGCGGGUGUCGCGGGCACAGGGACAGCGUUAGUGGAUGUGAACGUGUACCUGAUCGUCGCCAUCUGCGCGGUGUCCAGCCUGUUUGUGCUCACGCUGCUGCUGUACACGGCGCUGCGGUGCUCGGCGCCUCCCAGCGAGGGCGCGUGCGGGCCCGGGAAGCCCAGGCUGGUGUGCUCCAGCGCGGUGGGGAGCUGGUCUUACUCGCAGCAGAGGCGACAGAGAUGUGCUCUGGGGAGGGACCACCCAAGGCAGAUCUCAUGGCCUUCAGUCCCAGCCUUCCACCCUGUCCAGUAGUGGCGGAUAUGAGCGAGCCUCAGGAUUUAAAUGAUCAUUGUUCCAAACCACGACAGCCCAACCCUGACUGGCGUUACUCUGCCUCCCUGAGAGCAGGAAUGCACAG